AUGUCAUUAGGAAAAAGAUAAUUAUCAGGUUCAAAGUUGAAAUUUGAUGCUGAAUACUUAAAAAAUAUACUUGAACAAUAAGAAAAAAAGAGACCUGGUUCAGGUUAACCAUAAUCAACUCUUACUUCUCCAUUACCACCUAGAAAACCAGUUUAUUCUGGGAAGUUAAGGAGUAUUAUACCACCUUCAGAAAAUGUUAAUUAAUAACAUAGAAUAAUUAAAACAAGCAAUAGUUAAUAAAAAUAGUAAUUGACUCCAUCGGUUACUCAAUCUCAAUUACCAGGAGUAGUAAGAAUACUUUUUAUUAUCAAUUUUAUAGGUGAGUCCACUUAAAGCUAAUAAGCCUCCAUUAUAAUUUGAUAGAAAACUUAUUUUGCUUAAAUAGAAUGCAUCAUCCUAAAUUUCAAUUAAAAGUUCCUAAAUACCUAAUUAAAUCUAAACAGGUGAGAAAAAAGUAAUUUAAAAAUCAAUUGAAAAAACAAGCACUUUGACUAGUCCUGGAUAGAAUGAUAAAUAAUUUACAUGGAAUAAUUAAAUAGAACUUAUAGUGACAUAAUCAGAUUUUGAAAAUGUAAAUAUUUUAAUAUAGCAAGAAAAGAAGGCAAAUAUCACAUGAAAAAUUAAAAUAAAUUCCAAAAAAAUAAUUUUAAUAAUAACCCUUUGAUUAAAAAAGACCUAUCUAACCUAUAAUUUAAUAAGCAUAAUCUCAUAUUGUUAUUUCACAAUAAAGACAAUAACAUUAACCAUAAUAAAUUCAAAAAAAAUAAGAUUUUAAUCCAAAAUAAUUAACUAAUAGCUAAUCUUAAUCAUAGUUUUAGGCAAGCUAACCUAAAUGUUUUACUGAUUUUACAAUGACAUCUGGAAGAAAUGAUCUAUAGUAAUUAUUUUAAUCUAUGCAAUUACAAUUGAAAGAAGCUUCAUCAUAUGCUGAAUAACAUCCAAAUUUGAAUAUGAGUGGUAAAAUAUACUAUCUAUUAUUUUUAUAGAAAUUUAAGAACAAUCUGAUGAUGCUAAUUCAUCGUUGGCUUAAAGUACUUUAUAUUAAUUUUAAAAGUGA